CAAGUAAAGUAAGAAAUAUGACAGCUAAAGUGAAUGAGUAUCUAUGGCAAUGUGAUGUUUUUCUACGAGUUCCAAAUGAAUGUACCGUGAAACCUACUUGCGGCGAUCAAACGUGAAAGCUUAUCACUGAACGCACAGGUCACGUUCGUUCAAAUUUUUUCUCUGCAUGAUCCCGUUAAAUCACAGGGCUUUGUCCGUGCAGUCAGCCACAGGUUGAACAGCUGUUGCUGCUGACAAUCCGUAAUUAAAAAGCACUAUUACACACCGGGGUGAGUCACUCUGUCAAUACGACUACUGAUCGAGUGUUCAAUGAACAGUAAGUCUGAACAGGUCAGGGCAAGUAACAAAACCCAACCGCCAGAUAACAAGUGGUCAGACAUGCUUGUAGGUUAUAAAUCCUAAAAAUGUCCUAAGAAUUUUUUUUUCUUUUCUUGACAGCAGAUAGCAAGCGCACAGCACCGCACAUGCUCACACGACAUGCUGUGAGGUAACUGAGACCUUAUCUAGGUCAGGGUGGCUAGGUGUCGGGUGACUCUGAACACUUGGUGACAGGAUAAACACAAAAUAGGGUACAUGAACGUGAGUUAUGGGGUAAAGGCAGGUUACCAGGCAAAGUGUGAUAACAGACUGAGUUCUGGUUACCAGCUUUGGGGUUUGAUUGUAAUUGUGGUACUCAGGCAGACAGGUAGAACAAGCGCACCAGGCAGGUACACAAGAGGAGAGGGGAACUAAAGGGUACGCCAGUCCGUCCGUUCGUCUGACCAGGAAGAUCGAGCACAAGCACCAUGAGGUUGUCACCAGCCCCACCUUAUCCACCCACAACUCGUCGUUGCCUUUGUCCUCCUUCUCUUCUGCGUCGAGAGCAAGAGGGUGAUCAUGCUUCCCACCCCGUUUCACAGCCACGCCGACUACCACACCAACGUAGCGAGGGCGCUGGUGAGGCUGGGGCACGAGGUGUGGCUGGCCGUCCCGCUCUACCUGGCCGUGCGACCGAGCCUCAACAUGUCACAGCUACACGUCCUCGUCUACGACACACCGUUUGACGUGGAGGGCAGCUCCAUGGCACAGCUGCCCAGGCGUUACUUCCUGGGAGAGAAGGAGAACUUUCACGAGCUGGAGGUCAUCAUGAGGGAGCACUGCGAGAGGCUGCUGAAGAACAACACCUUCUUCAAGCAAGUCAAAGCCUUCCAGCCCGACUUCGUCGUCAUUGACAACCUGUCCCUGGUGUACAUGCUGGCGAUCCUGCCGUAUCGGCUGGGGGUGCCCUUCGCCUUCGUCGGCUCCUCGUACGACCCCGUGGCCCAACGCGUGCCCUUCUCGCCGGCCGUGACACCACUUCCUGUCUACCCUUACAGCGAUCGCAUGACAUUCUUCCAGCGGGUCAAGAACACCGUGAUGUUUCUUAGGCGCUGCUGGGCCCACCCAUCUGUAUACCACGAUGCGGUUACCCGCUUUGCCCCGGAGAAGCCCUUCAUUGCCAUGGACAUGCUGGUGGCCCGAGCAGAGAUUUGGCUUGUGGAGAUGGACCACAUUUUGGACUACCCCAAGCCCAGCUUGCCCAACGUCAAAUUCAUCGGAGGAACAGUGAAAGGUCCGGCUGGCCCUCUGCCUCCGGAAUUUAAGUCCUUCAUGGACGAGGCCCGAGAUGGAGUUGUGGUUGUGUCGUUUGGCAGCUACGUGCUGGACCUUCCUCCGGAUAUCAGUGACAUGCUGUUCCAGGCCUUCCAACAGCUGCCGAUGAAGGUGGUCAUGAAGUCCAAUCUAACCUCCCCGGACCCAGCCAGGAUCAUGACUUCACCCUGGCUCCCGCAGAACGACCUGCUGGGCCACCCAAACACCCUGGUCUUCGUCAGUCACUGCGGGAAGAAUGGCCAGUACGAAGCGCUGUACCACGCCGUGCCAGUGGUUGCCACGCCUCUCUUCUAUGACCAGCCCUACAACGCCGAGCGCAUGCGCGUCAAAGGCCUGGCAGAAGUGCUCGAUCUGCGCACCUGCACAGCAUCGGAGAUGUCACGUCGACCAUCUUGAAAGUGGCGCACGAUCCUCGCUAUAAGCGCGCGAUCACUUCUGCCUCUCGCUUAUUCCGCCAGCAGUUUCACGUGCCCGUGGAAGUGGCCGGAAGAUGGCUUGAUCACGUGAUGAAAUAUGGCGGCGCAUACAUGCGUUCGGCGGGGCAGGAUUUGACGAUGCCGGAAUUCUUGAUCUUUGAUGUCAUUGCGUUUCUGGCAGUGGUGGGGAUGCUGUUGUCUGCUUUCUUGAUUUACGUAGGUUUAGUG